UGAUCGACGGCGCCUGAAAAGAACCCGCGAUAAGAUUAUGUUAAGGACUGAGCAGGACCAGAAGUGGAGGGAACGACGAGCAUGGCGUCGACUCUGUCACUGACUCAGGCUCUUCUCUUCACCACUGCUUCUAAUCUUUUACGCAGAAACUCUCUCAGAACCACUGUCUUCUCUGCAUCUUUCUCCUCCUCCUCAGCUCUUUCCUCCGAUAGCCUUCACCGGAAGAAAUGGGCGCAGCCGGUCUCUUCGCUUCUUGAGCUCGGCGGAGUCGCAAUUGCGAAAGAUGAUGUUGUGAGGGAUGAUCCUACGAACAAUGUCCCAGAUAAUAUUUUUUCAAAACUUGGUAUGCAACUCCAUCGAAGAGAUAACCAUCCACUUGGCAUUCUGAAGAAUGAGAUAUACAACUAUUUUGAUACAAAUUACUCAAAUAAGUUCAUUAAGUUUGAUGACCUCAGUCCAAUUGUUUCCGUGAAGGAGAACUUUGAUGAUGUGUUAGUUCCAGAAGAUCAUGUAAGCCGCAGUUAUAAUGAUACAUACUACAUUGAUUCGCAAACUGUUCUGAGAUGUCAUACAAGUGCUCAUCAAGCAGAGCUGUUGAGAAGAGGAUAUACUCAGUUUCUUGUGACGGGAGAUGUUUACCGUCGAGAUUCCAUUGAUUCAACUCAUUACCCUGUGUUUCAUCAGAUGGAAGCUGUCCGUGUUUUUUCUCUCAAUGAUUUGGAGGUAUCUGGUACAGAUGGAACUUCUUAUGCUGCUGAUGACUUGAAGAAAUGCUUGGAAGGUUUGGCAAGGCAUUUGUUUGGUGCUGUGGAAAUGCGCUGGGUUGAUGCAUAUUUCCCAUUUACGGACCCAUCAUUUGAACUUGAGAUUUUCUUUCAAGAGAAAUGGCUGGAAGUAUUGGGAUGUGGGGUGAUGGAGCAAAAAAUAUUGAAAAAAUGCGGCAAAGAGAAUCAUGUUGCAUGGGCUUUUGGUCUUGGUUUGGAAAGACUAGCCAUGGUUCUUUUUGGUAUACCUGAUGUCCGAUUAUUUUGGUCAGCUGAUGAGCGAUUUACCUCACAGUUCUCAAAGGGCAAGCUAGGUGUUAAAUUUAAACCAUUUUCUAAGUUUCCACCUUGCUACAAGGAUAUUAGUUUUUGGAUCAAUGAAUCUUUCACCGAGAAUAAUCUGUGUGAAGUUGUGAGAGGAAUUGCCGGGGACCUUGUUGAAGAGGUGCAACUGAUAGACAGUUUUACCAAUGAGAAGAAAGGGAUGACGAGUCACUGUUAUAGGAUUGCUUACCGAUCUAUGGAACGGUCACUCACAGAUGAAGAAAUCAAUGAUUUGCAGAGGAACGUGAGAGAGCAGGUUCAGAGCAAGUUGAAAGUUGUCUUGAGAUAAACAUCGAAAAUGCAACAAUUUCAGUCAUUGCCAUGUAAUGUUUAUUUACUCUUUACCUGCUCUACGGAUUGAAAUUUUUCUCUGAACAUCAUUUGAAUUAUUUCACUAAUUUUUUUUCAAUCUGGGUGAUAGGAAGUCUAGAGUAUAUAAUCCAGUUAAAACUAUGAAAAUAAUCAUCCAGAAUUCAAAUGGAGAUGUGCUGCAAGUUAAUUUUUAAAUGUAUACAAUGAGUUUCUUUCCCUUA